AUGGGUUUGAAAUUCGCUUUUACUUCUCUGGCAAUGGCUACAGUUGCCAUGGCUCAAAAUUGUCCUUUGCAGUUCGAUGGACGAGUCCCUGCUGGCAGUACGCCCGCUUCUUUUGACUUGGAUACCAGUCCCUUUGGCACGAAAUUUGUUUUUGGGCAGAAUCUCACAAUGAGCCAAGUCGUCCAACUCCCAAACAUCACCGGAUCAUUGUUCGACACAAACACCAUCCCCGUCGAAGUAACCCUCUCAGACGCCUCCAUCUUCGCCCCCUCCGCCACAAACAUCCAAACCGGAUUCCGCCGCGCCGAACUGCAGCCCGCCUCAAACAACGGCACUGAUCCAUCCACGCUCGGUCUCAAAACCCUCCACUUCUCCCUCCGCAAAGACACCGCGCGCCCCUUCAACCUCAGCCACGAGUACCAGCUCGUCUUUCUCGAAGAUGCGGCCUUCAGCACUAAUCAGUUCGUCCUGAAGACUGGCACGAUUUCGGGCCAACCGGUGGGCCAAAAUCCGGAUCUUUUGGUGUUGCAGGGGAAUGUUAAUCAGGAUCCGGUGGAUAAUCUUUUUAAUGUCAGUUUUGCGCAGGAUACGUGGCAUAAUUUUGGGGUGGUGUUGGAUUUUGAUAAAAAUACGACACAAGUCCUUUACUCCACGGAUAAUACCCCACUCGCGAAUGUCACAGAACCAGUCUUCAAUGAUAUCAGUGGACAGGGACAAUUCCAUUUCGGGGCCCUGAAGAAACCGACGGGGGACAAUCUGACGGAUAUCACAAAGCAGGGAUUCCAGGAGAGCGGCAUUAAUGAGGGCGUCAUUUAUGGUGGCAUUUUCGAGGAGGAUAGUACGGGUGGUUGCGUUAGUUUGAGCGCUGGGACAGCGAGUGCUGCGAAUGCAACAGUCGCGAGGAGAUGGAGGAGGUGA